AUAACAACAACAAAUAAAUUAAGGGAAACUGCCAGCAAAGUCAAGGCUCCGAGUUUUCACUUUCAUCAUACGCUACGCGCCCUUUAAGUUCUCUUAAUCUUCGCAUCUUUCGCCGGCUCCACCGUCUCAGAUCUCCGGCCCAACUGUUUCGCUCACUCUCUUAUUGGACUGAUCGAAGUCCAAGUGCUUCUUCACUUUAUCGGCGGCUAUUUUCAGCUUCUAUACCUGCAAGACAUGUAAAGCAUGAUUGGUAUUUUACAAAUUAGAGAUAAUUGUCAAAGGAUAGAGCCAUGAGUUGUUUUGGCUGUUGUGAAGAAGAUAAUAUCCACAAUGCCACAGACAAUGGAGGCCAAUACAUGGUUAAAAACUCAGCAGGAAAUUUUGGGGGUUACCAUACAUCUGAAACUGCAUCGAAGAGUGCUCAAACCGUGAAGGUUCAGCCUAUUGAAGUCCCUGCUAUUCUGGCAGAUGAAUUGAAGGAAAUCACAGAUAACUAUGGUAACGAUGCUUUGGUUGGAGAAGGUUCAUAUGGUCGAGUUUAUUAUGGAGUUCUUAAAAGUGGAGAGGCUGCAGCGAUAAAAAAGUUAGAUGCCAGCAAGCAACCAGAUGAUGAAUUUUUAGCCCAGGUUUCCAUGGUAUCAAGGUUGAAGCAUGAAAACUUUGUUCAGUUGCUUGGUUAUUGUGUUGAUGGGAAUUCUCGUAUACUUGCCUAUGAGUUUGCUUCUAAUGGUUCACUGCAUGAUAUUCUCCACGGGAGAAAAGGUGUUAAGGGAGCUCAGCCAGGCCCUGUUCUGACAUGGGCACAAAGAGUGAAAAUUGCUGUAGGAGCUGCAAAAGGGCUUGAGUACUUGCAUGAGAAGGCUGAUCCUCACAUCAUUCAUCGUGACAUAAAGUCUAGCAAUGUGCUCAUAUUUGAUGAUGAUGUGGCAAAGAUUGCAGAUUUUGAUUUAUCUAAUCAGGCUCCUGAUAUGGCAGCCCGUCUUCAUUCCACUCGUGUACUUGGAACCUUUGGUUAUCAUGCUCCUGAAUACGCGAUGACAGGGCAAUUAAAUGCCAAGAGUGAUGUAUACAGCUUUGGUGUUGUGCUGCUGGAGCUUUUGACUGGAAGAAAACCUGUUGAUCAUACUUUACCCCGUGGACAGCAAAGCCUAGUGACAUGGGCUACACCAAGACUUAGUGAAGACAAGGUUAGGCAGUGUGUUGAUCAAAGACUACGAGGAGAUUAUCCUCCCAAGGCCGUCGCCAAGAUGGCUGCAGUUGCUGCAUUAUGCGUGCAAUAUGAAGCUGAUUUUAGGCCAAAUAUGAGCAUCGUUGUCAAAGCUCUUCAGCCACUGUUGAAUGCCCGGCCUGGACCUGCUGGUGAAACACCAAGCACAUAAAUAUGCGUAUGUCCUUCGUUCUCCCACUCUUUCUAUCUCUGUUCUGUCUGUGUGCGCAGAAGUGUUCACGCAAUCAAGCAUCCAGAAUUUAUAAUGAGGGGAUAAAUUUUAGAAGGUGAUGAUAAUUUGUUUAUUCAGAGUGCCGUAUGCAUCUAUUAUAUACUCGUAUUCGAUUUGUUCAUAACGUGAGGUGUUCUUUUAAUUAUUAUUGUUAUUAUUAUUUUUUAGGUUCUUGCAUAUAUAUGUUGAUGGUCUUCUUGUAUCUUUUUUUGUCUAAAUUUAAUCAUAACCUUAUCUUCCUUUCAUGAAA